GCGGUCAGUGUCACUACUCGCUAGUUGCUGUCGUAGUGUUGUUAGUGUUGUAGCGUUGCUAGUUGUCUUGAUUUUCUUCUCUUCGGCUGUAAAAUUGUUUUGCUGAUGCAUUUUUGUUGUUAUUUCAUUUGGAAUCUCAAAUGAAACCUAUUUCAUAAAAAAAAUACGUUAUGAAUGUGUGCUGGUGCGCGUGAUAAUUAAAUUUAAAUGGACUUUUGGUGGUUUGCGGUCAUAAAUGGAUCGACAGUUUAAUGAUUUAAUUGUGAAUAAACGAUUAAAUAGCUUUUUCAUCGUGCCCUAAAAGAUAAAUUUUGAUCGUAUCAAAAGAAAAAUAUGCCAGCUGCCGAAAACGGUUCGUUGCAUCCAGAAAAGGAUAUGGAUUUGGCUCCAAUCAUUAAUGGUAUGGAGACAUUACCAAAAACUAAACAGGCGGAUCCUGCUACUUCAUAUUUAAGAGCUGCAAGAUCAGGAAAUUUAGAAAAAGUUUUACAAUUACUUGAAAGUACUGGUGUUGACGUAAAUACUGCAAAUGCUAAUGGACUCAAUGCACUCCAUUUAGCUGCAAAAGAUGGUCAUGUAGAUAUAGUAAAAUGUUUAUUACAAAGAGGAUGUUCCGUAAAUUCAGUAACCAAAAAAGGAAAUUCUGCACUUCAUAUUGCAUCAUUAGCUGGCCAAGAAGAAAUUGUUAAAGUGUUAGUAGAAAAUAAUGCAUCUAUAAAUAUACAAUCGCAUAGUGGUUUCACACCACUUUAUAUGGCUGCACAAGAAAAUCAUUGUAGCAUUGUUGAAUUACUUUUGCGAAAUGGUGCUAAUCAACUUUUAGUAACUGAGGAUGGAUUUUCACCAUUAGCAGUAUCUAUGCAACAAGGCCAUGAUAAAGUUGUUGCUAUAUUAUUAGAAAAUGAUACUAAAGGCAAAGUAAGAUUACCUGCACUUCAUAUAGCGGCUAAGAAGGAUGAUACUAAGGCCACUAGCUUAUUACUACAGAAUGAUCAUAAUCCUGAUGUCACUUCUAAAAGUGGCUUUACUCCAUUACACAUAGCAGCACACUAUGGUAAUAACAAUGUUGCUUCUAUGCUGGUUCAAAAAGGGGCAGAUGUAAAUUUUACUGCUAAACAUAAUAUAACACCAUUACAUGUAGCUGCUAAAUGGGGAAAAUUAAAUAUGGUUGAUUUGCUAAUACAAUUGGGUGCUAAUAUUGAAGCUAAGACUCGAGAUGGACUUACUCCUUUACAUUGUGCAGCAAGGUCUGGACAUGAUCAUGUUAUUGAACGUUUAUUACAAACUAACACUCCUAGAACAUUAAAAACAAAGAAUGGUUUAGCCCCUUUACACAUGGCAGCUCAAGGCGAUCAUGUGGAUGCGGCUAAAGUACUUUUAACUUACAAAGUCCCUGUGGAUGAUGUCACUGUUGAUUAUCUAACCAGUUUACAUGUAGCAGCUCAUUGUGGGCAUGUAAAAGUGGCAAAAACACUGUUAGAUCAUCACGCUGAUCCAGAUGCUAGAGCAUUAAAUGGUUUUACGCCACUUCAUAUAGCUUGCAAAAAGAAUAGAAUUAAAGUCGUUGAACUUUUGCUAAAACAUGGAGCAUCUAUUGAAGCAACAACAGAAUCUGGCUUAACACCAUUACAUGUUGCCAGUUUUAUGGGCUGUAUGAAUAUUGCCCUUGUUUUAGUCAGUCAUGGUGCUUACCCAGAUGCUAGUACAGUUCGUGGAGAAAGUCCUUUGCAUUUGGCUGCUAGAGCUAAUCAGUCUGAUCUUGUGAGAGUCUUGGUACGUUCUGGAGCAACAGUGGAUUCUAAAGCAAGACAUGGCCAAACACCACUUCAUGUUGCAUGUAGACUUGGCCAUACUCAGAUUGUUACAUUACUCCUUCAACAUGGUGCUUCAGUAGACACUACAACUACCGAUUUGUACACACCUUUACAUAUAGCAGCUAAAGAAGGACAUGAUGAAGUGGCAACUGCUUUAUUAGAAAGUGGAAGUUCUUUAGUGUUGACUACUAAAAAAGGGUUUACACCUCUUCAUUUAGCUGCUAAAUAUGGGAACAUUACAGUGGCUAGUAUGCUUUUAGAAAAAGGGGCCCCAGUUAAUUCUCAAGGCAGAAAUGGCGUUACACCGUUACAUGUGGCUAGUCACUAUAACCACCAAGAUACAGUAUUCUUACUUCUUGAUAAUGGAGCAUCGCCACACAUGGCAGCUAAAAAUGGUUACACACCGUUGCAUAUAGCUGCUAAGAAGAAUCAGUUGGAUGUUGCUACUACACUGUUGAUGAACAAGUCAGAUGCGAAUGCUGAGUCUAAAGCUGGGUUUAGUCCGUUACACCUCAGUGCACAGGAAGGUCAUGAGCAAAUGUCUGAACUGUUAUUGGAACACAAGUCUGAAAUCAACCUACAGUCAAAGAAUGGUUUGACACCUUUACAUCUUUGUGCUCAAGAAGAUAAAGUUAAUGUUGCAAGUUUAUUAGUUGAUAAUAAUGCAAAUAUUAAUGCAACAACUAAAACUGGAUUUACACCUUUACAUGUAGCUAGUCAUUACGGUCAACUCAACAUGGUUAGAUUUCUUUUAGAUAAAGGUGCAGAGGUAGAUGUUCAAACAUCAUCUGGUUAUACAGCUCUUCACCAGGCUGCUCAACAAGGCCAUACAGUUGUCAUUACACUAUUACUUCAGAGCAAAGCAUCUCCAAAUAUUCAAAACACGCAAGGACAAACACCAUUAAACAUAGCUCACAGAUUAGGAUAUAUCAGUGUUGUAGAAACAUUAAAAGUAGUUUCUGAAACAACUAUAACCACUACAACCACUAGCACUAUUGAAGAAAAAUACAAGGUUAUAGCUCCUGAAUCAAUGCAAGAAACAUUUAUGUCCGAUUCUGAAGAUGAAGGAGGUGGUGAUGAUGUCUUGUCGGUGAUCAUGAACGAUUACGGCAAGCCGGCACAUGCGCAACAUAUUUAUCUUCCAUACUAUCAAGGUCGAAACGUACUACAUGAAGAUCCGAUGUUGAAUGAUCAACACCAAUAUCGCUAUAUGACGGUGGAUGAUAUGAAAUCAUUAGGAGAUGAUUCAUUAAAAAUAGAUGUUACAAGAGAUGAAAAAACAGAUUUAGUUAAUGAUUCAGCCAUUGCCAACGAGUAUGUAAGUAAUACACAUUAUGUUUCACCCCAGUAUUCACCCAACCCCUCUGGAGUUUCUUUACUAUCUGACAACAUUGACAUCUGCCGUUCGCCUGUAAAUAUUGGGUUGGAUAGACUUGAAAGAUCGUUGGCAAUGCUCGGGCCUCGUGGAAAUACUACUGGAAUGUGGCGCGAAAGUUUCUUAGUUAGUUUUUUGGUGGAUGCCCGCGGAGGAGCAAUGCGAGGAUGCAGACAAUCCGGUGUUAGAGUGAUUAUUCCACCACGAAAGGCUCCAAGUCCUAUGCGAGUUACAUGUCGAUAUUUGCGGAGAGACAAAAUGGUCAACCCACCACCCUUGAUGGAAGGAGAAGCAUUAGCCAGUAGAAUACUCGAACUUGGUCCAGCUGGAGCCAAAUUUUUGGGACCUGUUAUCAUUGAAGUACCUCAUUUUGCGUCAUUGCGAGGAAGAGAAAGAGAGCUAGUGGUAUUAAGAUCAGAAAAUGGUACGACAUGGAAGGAACAUAGUUUGGAAGCUAACGAAGAAGCUGUGCAAGAAGUACUCAAUGAUAGCUUUGAAGGAGAAGAACUCAGACAGAUUGAAGACCUUAGAACUAGUCGCAUUGAACGAAUAUUGACAUUAGAUUUUCCUCAAUAUUUUGCUAUUGUUUCAAGAUUACGUCAAGAAAUACAUCCUGUUGGUCCGGAAGGUGGAGUUAUGUCUUCUACCGUUGUACCACAGGUGCAAGCAUUAUUUCCAGCCAAUGCAUUAACAAAACGUAUAAAAGUUGGCUUACAAGCUCAACCUAUUCCUGUUGAAUUGGUAGCGAAAUUAUUUGGCAACCGUGUCGCAGUGUCUCCUGUUGUAACCAUCGAACCUCGCAGAAGAAAGUUUCAUAAAGCUAUUACUCUGACUAUUCCUCUGCCACAAGCAACUACUAAAGGAAUGAUAAACCAAUAUUCAGGCGAUGCUCCUACAUUGCGAUUGCUUUGCAGUAUGUCAGGUGGUCAGUCUAAAGCCCAGUGGGAUGAUGUUACUGGAGGAACACCAUUGACUUUUGUCAAGGACUGCGUAACUUUUACGACUACUUUAUCUGCAAGGUUUUGGCUGAUAGACUGUAGAAACGUUAGUCAAGUCAAAAACAUUGCAACACAACUUUUUAUUGAAGCUAAUUAUGUUCCAUUCAUGGCAAAGUUUGUAGUGUUUGCUAAAAGAACAGAUGUUAUGGAAGCACGUCUUAGAGUAUUUUGCAUGACAGACGAUAAAGAAGAAAAAACAUUAGAAAAUCAAGAGCACUUUGUUGAAGUAGCCAAAAGCAGAGAUGUUGAAGUGCUACAAAACAAAAAUGUAUUUGUGGAGUUUGCUGGUAAUUUAUUACCUAUAUUUAAAACUGGCGAACAACUAGAAUUAAAUUUCACUGCUUUCCGUGAAAAUCGUCUACCAUUUACUGUUCGCAUACGGGACCUGGAGGAUACUAAUGUCGCACGAAUUCUGUUUAUGCGUGAGCCCAAAGUAAAUCGAGGUGAUCCCGCACAAACACCUUUAUGUGUAUUGAACGUGACCAUUCCUGAAGAUAUUGUUAAUGUAACAACCAAAUCUGAAUCAGAUCUAUUAAGCCUUGAUCGAAGUUACAAUUUUUAUGAUAAUGGUUUUGAACAAGUUGAUACAAUACGUAGAGCUGAUAUUCGUUUGUCAGAUAUUUCAAACAUGCUGGGUGAUAAUUGGCCGUCUUUAGCAGCUGAACUAGGGAUUCUUCAAUCAGACAUCAGUAUUAUCCAAUCAGAAUACCCAGGUAACACCCAACGACAGGCUAUGGUCAUGCUUAAGUUGUGGUUACAAACAUUUGGACAACAAGCAACUGGGAAUUCGCUAGAAAAGGCAUUGCGAACAAUCAAUCGUGAAGAUAUAGUGAAUUUGUGUAUACACAAUAUUGAGAUUGUAACUGAUGAUAUGGAAAAAGCAGUAGCAAAAGUACAAUUAGAUCAGUCUGGAUUUGAUUCUCUAAAAGAGGAAUUAGGACCAUCCAGAGAUGGAUCUCUUGGUCGAAAAACUUCUCUUUCUAAUCAUAAGAAAGUCAAACAAGUAGAAUCAAAUAAUAUUAGUCAACCCAUAAAUGUUGAUGAGGAGUUAAUAAGUGCUCUAAACAAACAGAUGGUAGUUGAUAAGAUUGUGGAUAAACCCAAAAUACUAGAUGAUAAGUAUGCUGCGGAAGUUAAAGAAUAUGAUUCAAAGACAUCUAAUGGUGUAUCAUUCAAAGUAAACACACCUCCACCAAGCCCAACUGAGCAAUCUGACAAAACUGAUAAAAGCAAAGCUGCUUCAAAUAGUUAUGACAGUAAUGUUUCUGAAGUAGUUGAUGAGAACAUUCUUUAACAUGUGGACUAUCAAGUAAUUAGAUAAUUUAUGUCCACUCAUUAGGAUCGCAUAACAAAAAUGUUAGCUAAUAUUAUGAGUUAUUAUUACUCGUGAAUUAAUCUUUUUUUGCUAAUGCACAAGA